AUAAUCGAUGAGUUUCACCAGAGCAAACAUAAUCUGACAAAGCUAACUGUGCUCUUCAGGGGGAUGGUUUUAUUUCAACUCUCCAGGAAAAUGGUUUAACACAUCAACAGAAACACCAAUAAAAGCCAUGUCCACAUGUGUUUGCACGUGAUACGAGAGACCAGGAGAGAAAUAAGAAACAGGAAAAGUCAGUCAUGGCUGCUGAUCUGGAUGUAGUGAACCUGUUUAUCAUCGCUGGAGGAACACUGGUGAUUCCCAUCCUGGUUUUCCUGGCUUCCUUCUUCCUCUGGCCAUCUGUGCUCAUCAGAGUCUAUUACUGGUACUGGAGAAGGACUUUGGGUCUGCAGCUGCGCUUUGCAGACUGUGGUGGUUAUCGCUUCUGUUACUCAUACAGAGGAAAACCUGGGAUGAGACCUUCGAUCUUAAUGCUUCACGGUUUUUCUGCUCACAAAGAUACAUGGCUGACAGUUGUCAAGUAUUUACCAAAGCAUCUGCAUAUUGUGUGUGUGGACAUGCCUGGUCAUGAGGGAACAACCCGCACCAACACAGAGGAUUACUCCAUUCAGGGACAAGUCAGAAGGAUCCAUCAGUUUGUGAGAGCCGUUCACUUAAACAGGAAACCAUUUCAUCUGGUUGGAACCUCCAUGGGUGGCAAUGUAGCUGGGGUUUAUGCAGCCUGCUUUCCAUCAGACCUCUGUAGCAUGACACUCAUCUGUCCAGAUGGUAUAAAACAUCCGUGUGAAACCAAAUUUGACAAUCACCUGCAGGAUCUGGAGCAUAACUACACACUGAACAUCCCGCUGAUCCCCACUACGCCCGAAGAGAUGGAGGACAUGUUCAGGCUGUGUUCCCACGUUCGAUUUAAAAUCCCUCAGCAGAUUCUUCAAGGGCUGGUUGAUGUUCGACAACCUCAUAACUCAUUCUACGAAGAAGUGUUUAUGGAGAUUAUUGGUGAAAAAUCAAGGUAUGCCUUGCAGGAACACUUGCAUCUCAUAACUACCCCUUUGCAAGUAAUAUGGGGAAAACAAGAUCAGGUCGUGGACGUCUCUGGAGCCAAUGUUAUUGCAGAGUGGGUGGCUGGAUGCAGAGUGGACCUGCUGGAUAACUGUGGGCACUCUGUGGUGAUGGAAAAGCCAUGUCGCACAGCCAAACUUCUCCUGGAGUUUAUCAUCUUGCAGCAAAAUUCUGGGAGCGGCACAAAGAAGUGUUCUUGAAUCUUAAAUCACAUCCUGUUUUGAUGCCAUUUCUUGCGUGUGUUCAGUCACACACCACUUCUAAUUGCACAUUAAAACUGAAAUAAAGAAUGAAGUGUCCAAACA